UUACUUUCUGAUUUACUUGCUAAGAAUCUAAACGAUCUUAAUAGAGUUUUCAACUCAUCAAUUGGUAUCAAAGCAGGAGACUGUGUAAUCCAUACACAUCUCUUCUGUUGAAUAAGGUUUUAGGGUUUCCACUAUCAUCGUUUUCAUUAGAGCCGUCAUUUUGUUAUUGAUGCAGCUCUUAGAUCUCGAUCUUACCCUAACUCAGUUUACUAGUAUGAUUCUUGGCAGGUUAUCAAACUGAAUCAUCAUGUCACACGACGACUCUCAAUCAAACCCCAUCAACAUAUCCAACAGUAUCGGAUCUAUCACGAGAAUCUCGAUUUUAUACACUCAUGAUUAUGAAGUCUGGAUGCAUCACUUUGAGGACUAUGUUCUUCUUUCAGAGGAAAAUGGGUAUCUAAUAUGGGAGGCGAUCACCGUGGGUCCGUUCGCUCAUUUUGGAACGAGUAAAAUCAUCAAGACGCAAAAGGAAUACAAUCAGCUUAUGAUUGACGUAGAGAAAGUUCCUCAAGACGAAAAGAACAAACUGAUGAGCAACAUCAAAGCUAUGAGGAUGAUCAUAUUUGCCUUAUAAUCUGAUGCAUUUCGUCUAGUUAGUACAUGCAUAACAGCUAAACAAAUCUAGGAUAGGCUUAAGGAGCUAUAUUCUACAGAUGAAGAUUUAGAGCACUCAAUACAAACUCUGUUGCUCUCUGAGUUCGGUGACUUCAAGCAAAAGCCCGAAGAGAAACUUAUUCAAACGUUUGAUCAUUUCAAUCAUCUUCUCAGCAAGAUGAUCAAGCAUGGAAUUGGUAGAGAGGUAAUCGAGCAGAAGGUCACUUUCAUGAAUGGCCUGAGACCCGAAUGGAUGGAGGUGGUUUCAACUGUACAAGCUCAUGAAUAGUUCAAAACCUAUUUGUUGGCGAAGCUUGUGGGAAUACUCAAAUCACAUGAAAGCGUUGUGACUAAGGAGAUGAAUGUGGUUUCUAGUAUGGGAUCUUUGGCCCUUCUCUCAAAGGGCAAGAGCGUGGCUGAAGAAGAAGAAGAGUUGGAUCUUUCUGAAUGUGAUCUGAAAAACGAAGAAUAUGCAUUGAUGGUCUCUAAUCCCAAGAAGUUUGCUCGUAAAAAGUUUCCUACCUCCAAGAACCGAAACUGGCAAGGGAGCUAUAGUUUUGAAAAAGUGAAAGAGGAGAUUAAAAAUGUUCCUCAACAAGAAGAAGCAAAGAAGGAGAGCAAGCUUGUAGGUGACUCUGGAUAUGAUUAUAAUUUCUGUCAUAGCAAAAAUCACUUUGCCAAAGAUUAUAUGUUGAGAAAAUUGUUCGAGAAGAAGGAUGGAGAAGAUGAUGAAGCGUAUCACCUGCGCAAACUGGAAGAAAUAAAGAAGAAAACCAUUAGCAAUUCUAUGAAUGCUUUAAUUGUGCAGGAAAACAUUGUUGAUGAUGAGUUCGAAGGCGUAGAAGUCUGGUCUACAGACUUUGAAGACGAAGAAGUUCGCAAGCCCACACAUGGCAAGGUUUUUGUGGCGAAGGAAGAUAACAUUGAGUUUGCUGGAAGGUGUUUAAUGGUGACUACUGGAGUGUCACAAAUGAGAUGAUACACAACCGAUGGUGGAGGUGAAGAUGCGAAGGAAAGUGAAGACAAGUGCUUCGUUGCCAAACCGAUGGGUGAGCAGAUCAACGAAUGCGAUCAGUUAAUCAAGAAGGGUAUCUUCCAAGAGUGAGGAGAGAAGGAUGUGGAUAGAGAAGAAGGAAGUGGAGUUAGUUAGGCUAAAAGAUGAAGUGAUUUAUUUGCAACAUGAUAAUUUGAAGCUUUUGAAACAAAGAAACAUUUUUUGCUUGAUUGCUAAACGUUUAUAUACUAAUAUCACUCAAUUGCAUUUAGAUUGUGAGAUCGGUAAAAAGAUUCAUAAAAUGAUUUUUCCCUUCCUAGAAUUAAAAGAGGACGAAGUCGAUGUUGAUGGUCUUAACUGUGAAUCUAUUGUUUCUUCAUAUGAAAUU